UGUUGCGUGUCGGUUCGCUGCCCCUCUCCACCCCGCCCCGCCCCGCCCUUCCCGCUAACAAGGUCUCCGUUCUAUUAUUCCCACCGGCAGUUACCGUGCGAUCAGUGACCCGCAAACAAAACUGGCUUGCAAAUCACCAGCCGCUACAACAACAUCAAAACACAAAAGAAGUUGAAUUUGCCGGGCAGAGAACACCACGACGGAGGAAUGAAAAUGGAAAACAGUGAAACGCAAGCUAACUGACGGACAAGAGAGAGAAUAAAUGAACAAAACAGAAAGAUACAAGGACAAAGGAAGCUGAAAGUAAAAAUAACAAAUAUAUUCCUGCUGGCUACGUGUGUCACUAAAGCUGCAGAAGUCACCUCACGUACUGCACGCAAUAAUUGUACAUUUUGCGUGCACCAGGAUCACCAAGUACAAACAAAGACACACUCCACUCAACAUAUCGCGCAAAUUUGCCUUAAAAAAAUCAACAGAACUAAGCAAAAAACAAACCUCAAAGUCGUCAUAUCACGGGUUGCAUAUCAAACACUAGGAUAAACAACGCACGGUGGAGGACAGAGGGGAAAUGUACUGUACUUGUGUCCCCCGCCAGGAAAAACGUACAUUUUACACCACCAUCAAGAGGAACAACGAGGGAACACCAGAGGAUAUUUAAAACAGCAGGGAGGACAGCAGCAAACGAAGCCAUCAAGGACAUUUCAAGCCGUUGUGUCCUGUUUCCUCUCUUCCCCUCUCUCUCUCUCUCUCUGUCUCUCUCUCUCUCGCUUUAUACAUGCAUGAUGGCCAGGCGUACCAACCCCUCACGUUAACCUGCCGAAACGAGGACGCUUACUGAGUCUUGCAAUCGAUAACAGACAGUCCGGGAAGAGGUCACCGCCGCAACGCAGAAGGAAGUGAGGAAAACGGUAUAAAAAAAGCGUGUCAUCGUGUCUAGAGUGGAUGAAACAGUGACCUACGGAGAAAUAAACGGAGAGAAGUGGUGAAAUACGUGCAGCAAAGAAACGUUGCUACACCACAAGGGGAAUAAAUGGGAGGAAGGUAGUGAAAUGCAGAUAAAAGAGUUCUAGAGGAAGUGGUGGAGUUAUUAACUGAGUGAAAGCAGAACGAAAUAUAUGAAAAAAGUAGAGGUAUGACAGUACUAAGAGACAAACCAGUGGAUAAGGAAACCAAAAGAGAAACAGUGAAGAUACAAACAACGUAACAUAAGCGAACAAUUCCUAAUACAGAAAGACAAACGGAGCUGAGAGAGAAAAAAAGAGAAACAGAAAGAGACACAGAGAGGGAACACUGUAACAUCUCAACAGGACACAGCAAGAUGGACCCGUGGAUGUCAAAAGCAGGAGGUUGGAUUCAAGUUCUCCUGGUCGUGACGUGCGUUUUUCUACCACCUGUCCGGCCUCUCCCAGGUGAGCUGCCUCGAGGAAGGGAGACCAACGAAGACAACGAGGCACUGACUAACACUGCAGCAUAUCACAGCCACAGCCACUACAACCACCGCCUCCUGCCGCAGCAACCUCACAGCCUCAACAUAACCCAGUGUGUCAACGGCUACCUGCUGGAGGACUACACCUGUUCGUGUCACCCCUGCUGGGACGGCCUCACCUGUGACACCUACGUGGACAACUAUGCGCCUCGCUUCCUCGUUCACGCCGCCACCGCUGUCCUGCCCACCAACGCUACAGGUGUGGUGUACAGGGCGUGGAGUACUGAUGAGGACCUGGGGCUCACCUGUCCACUGGGUCCAGGUGAGUCUGCCCGCUGCCCCUGUGCUUCCGUGUCCUACCAGCUGUUUGCGGCGCCUGGUGACCGACACUUCACCCUGGACCCUGUAUCCGGCAUCCUAUCACGAAGUAAUGACACAUUCCUGAGACCGGGGGAGUCCUACACGUACAAGCUAAUGGUGCAAGGCACCUCGAUGGCAGGACAGAGGCAGCCACUCCUCUAUGACUUGCUCGACCUGAGAAUCUACGUUAGCUCCGAUUAUGUUAAAAAGAUUCCGUGGACCUAGUGAAGCACCGCCCAUCCCGCCCACGCGCCCCACCCACCGCUUCACACACGUUGGGAGAACCGUCGUGGGGAACCAGAUGCAGCCUCGACUACCACCACUCUUAGCUUCCCCACCCAUCACCUCACCCACCUACCCACCAACCCAUCCACCGAGGCGCCCAUCCUUACCUAGACCUUACCACCAGAGCCCCUGUCCCUCUUCCCACCUGCUAGUCGUUCUUUCCCUGCAGUGUACAGUCUCCAACUAUAAAAGAAUAUCAACAAACAAGUCUAUAGUAGUGAUUGAGAGUGUUAAAGGUAGAAGAACUGAACUCCUGCGUACGUGCAUAGGUGGUGUGUGUUUUCUAAAGUAUUUUUUCAACAAGGCGCAUUAUAUUUUCGCUUGCAAAAAAGUUCCCGAGUGUUGUGAGUGGGAGUGUGAGGAACGGGAGGGUGAGGAAAAGAGUUAGGAAAGCAGGGAAGCCUCGAGGACACGGAAGAGGAAGAGGAAGAGGAGGAGUGGUGAGGUGAAGCAGGCGGAAAGUAGGCAAGGAGAUUAAUGAGGAGAGAGAAGAGGAAGUUGAGAAGAUGAGGAUUAAGGCGAGGAAGAGAGAUAGUGGAUUGCGAGAGAGAUUUGUUCUCGCCGAAAACCAGAGAGAUGAAAAGGAGGAGGAGGAGGAGGAGGGGAGGAGGAGGAGGAGGAGAAGGAGGUAUUUGGCGGUAACGAAGGGAUAAGAAAAGACGUGUGGCGAGAGCGAGAGCGAGAGAGAGAGAGAGAGAGAGAGAGAGAGAGAGAGAGAGAGAGAGAGAGAGAGAGCAGGGAGGCAAGCUAAAGGAUCCUGUCACCUGGCGAAGUAUUGAUUAGCGACUCACCUGAGAAAUGCACCGAUAAGAUCCACAAGAAUGUUCCAAGAAUGCCCUAAGGAAGAGAAGGAAAUAAAAGUUAGCUCUCCUCUCUCUCUCUCUCUCUCUCUCUCUCUCUCUCUCUCUCUGUCCUGGCCGUAUCCUCACGUCCACCGGUCAAUCCUACUCACUGAUAAUCAAUUGUAAGUAAUAAAACAAUAAAAGUGAUCCUGGAAA